UUACGACAUCCAGAGCUUAAUCGAGCGGCGUCUAUGGCGUCCACUAUUCCGCCGUGGUCUGAAAUCCCACAAGACAUCCUAGGCCUCGUCAUCGACCGCCUCUAUUCCUCCCCUGUCCAGACACGCUUCUCCGCGGCGUGGUCUAAAAUCUUACUCGCCGUCCCUGUCGCUGCCGCCAACCGCCGUGGCUUCCAGCACCUGUGCCGCCGUACCCGGGACUCGGCCGCUGCUGACCGUGCCCGCUUCCGCGCCGUGUGUCGCUCAUGGCGUCUGGCAAUGCGCCACCACGUUUCGAAGACACCUGGGGCGUUGCCAUGGAUUGUCAUGUCAGACGGCUCGUUCUUCACACACUCCGACGGUGGCUGCAGCGCGCCACGCAGUCUCCCUUCCCUGCCAAAGAACGCAAGAUGCAUUGGGUCCACUGAUGAGUGGCUGGCCCUUGACUGCACUGAUGCAGAAAACGUGCAUGCCUACUUCUUGCACAAUCCUUUCUCCAACACGAUGGUGCCGCUCCCCGAGUUGAGCCCUAUCAUCGGUAAUGUCUCUGAGUUUUUCGAGGUCCGCAAAGUGCUAUUGCGGUCAAGCCCCCGUGACAUCGUUGCUCUCAUGACCAACAACUCUAAUUAUCCCAUCAUAUUAAUCCGACCAGGGAAGGGUGUGUGGUUGCCUAAACCGGAUACAACACCCUUCAACCUCAUCAUUGAUAUUGUUUUUCUUGAAGGGAAACUCUACGGCAUCACUCAGGCCGAGGACCUUGCCUCUGUCAGUAUUCAUUUUGAUAACUAUGGCGUACCGACCGUCACCAUUACAGAGCGCCUCAUCGAACACCCACCCUUGAAAAAUUGCGAUUUUGAUGUAUGGAGCGAUCUUGAUGAAAAGUUGGAGGCCAACGAUGGUAUGGGUGAUAGGGAUGAGGUUGAGAACGGUGGCGAGGACCAUGAUGAGGAACUGAAUGAAGUGGAUGCUCGCGCACGUGCCUUAUAUGAAUUCAAAAAGAAAACCGGUGAUGGCAUGAUUCUCGAAGGCACGACCUAUUUGGAAGAUAGUGAGGUGCCAUAUGAGCCCAAGGAUCUCAUCUCGGUCAAUUGGUACUUGAUCGAGUCUCGUGGAAAGUUGCUCAUGGUGAGACGACAAGUGGAAUGGCCUCUAUACAGUUUAAGCUUCACUCGCAAGGUGGAGGUUUUCGAAGCGAAUACCAGUGCAGGUGCAUGGGUGCCAGUUUCAGGUGGGAUAGACAGUCAAGCGCUUUUCAUUAGCAGCCGCUUUAGUAAAUCAAUUUGUGCUUUUGAAAAUGUGAAACAGGACACUAUCUACUUUAUCGACACAGGUGAAAUGUUCAACACCAGAUCACAAAGUAUGAGCCCACCGCAAAGGGACAUCGAUCGCCGACAGUCAAUGUGGAUCUUUUCCCCAGAGAUUGUGGUUUAAUAGUUUUUGUAAUAAUCUAGGGUUAGUUAGAUAAAUGGUCCACAUGUAUAUUUUCAUGGAAAAAGUCUGAAAAAAACCUUGAUUUCAUAGCCGAAGUCUGAAAUGAACCCUGAACUUCAAUUCUCUGAAAUCAGCACCCUAUCUUAUCUAAUAUACCGGCUUAUCCCGAACCUUUUUGGCUGAGAAGGUGUUUGUCUCUGCCGGGAUUGCACACGUGACAGAAAUUAGGGUGAAACCGAAAAGUUUUG